AUGCAAUCUGUCGACGAAUUUACACCAUCAACAACCGAACCUGUAUUUGGUAGUGGAUUGGUAUCUCAAACAAAAAGUCAACCAUCAACAAAUAAUGAUAUUAGUGAUAAUGACAAAAUAGUUCCAUCAUCGUCAUCAGAACCAAUUGUUAAUGGACAAAAUGAUAAAGUAACAUCUAAUGAAAAUAUUACGAAUGGUAUAACAGAAAAAAUGGAAGAAGGUGAUUCUUCGGCUGUACAUGUUAAUGGACAAAAUGAAAAACCAAAAAUUGAUGAAAUUCAAACAACUACAACUGAAAAAUCAAGUGAAGUUGAACCAAUGGAAACUGAAAAACCUAGUGAAACUGGAACAAUUGCAUCUGAUCCAGUAUUAUCGACAUCAGUCGAUACUGCCAAGGAGAGUUCAUCAUCUGUACCAACGAUUGAACCUUCUUCUACUGUUGAAUCGACACCUAAUGAUAGCAUUCCACAGGCACCUGUAGCAACUGAAUCUGAAGCACCUGAACCAAAAACUAAGUCUCCUCGUGGUAAAGCGAAAGCACCUGUGGUAGCUGCAGUAACACCAACUCGUCAAUCGGCACGUGGUAGAAAAGCGGCUUCAUCAACAAAUGCUGAAGAAAAUCAAAUAGCCGAUGAUACUAAUGUAGCAACAACAACAACAAACCAAAAUGAAUUAUCAAAACCUACCAAACGACAAGCUGCUGCAAUUGCUAAAGAUGCUAUAACAGCUAGUAAUCAACCAAAUUCAACAUCUGGUAGUAGCAAUGCAGAUGAUGGAAAUGAUCAAGAUGUAAUUCCAUCUGAAGGUGAUGAUGAUGAUGAAAUAACUGUUGGUAAAGGAAAAAAAGCAUCAUCACCAGGACGUAAAAAACGUGGAGCAUCAACAUCAGCAGCAAAUACAAGUAAAAAAGCUAAAAGUAAAAUUUCCAUAACAUCAACAAGUGAUAUCAAUGAUGAAGCUGAUGAAGAUGAAGUUGAAAAAAUUCAAACACCACCGAAAAAAGCAGCAGCACGAACAAGUGCUAUUAAAAAAACACCUGAACCACCCAGUGAAGAAUAUACACGAAAAUUACGACCAAGAAAAUAA